CAGCUCCCGGGGCAGCCUGCGCCUGCUGCCGCGGGGCUCCCGUCGGCUCUCCCCCGGCUCGGCGGCCUCUGCGGGGCCGCAGCCUCUGGCCAGAAGCAGCCAAGUAGGGGCUGCAAGCACCUGGCGGGGCGGCAGAAGCAGCCUCCUAGGAGAGUGGGAAUGGACAAUAUAUAGACUGAUAGUUGUACUUGAUGCCAAUCAUGUCUUCAGUCAGGAAUGUUCCCUAUGGGGCUGAUGCACAUACUGAGACCAUUGUAAAAAUCAUUGGGAGCAAGUACAUCCGGUGCAUCGUAGAAAAACCAAAAAUCAAGGCAAAGGAGGGCGCUAAAGUGGAAACUCAGUUUGCACUCCGGAAAUUGCCCAGUUGUUUACAAGUUACAAGACAGACACAUGGAAAUCCUCCAGGUCUCAAACCUCUUUGUCAACAAAUCAGUUAUGACCUAGAUUAUGAAAGAUGGAGCACAGACAAACAGGAAGAACAUGAGUCUAAACAAGCACAAACAAGCAACAGCAGAUCUUUGGAUGGCAAAGUUUUAAAAUCACCAAAUAUUAAUUGUAUAUCUGUCCCAUCGGGAGAUCAAUCUUUGUCCUACAUUCAUGCCCUCCAAAAGCCAUCUCUUAGAGCUCGGUCUUUAAGACAACAUGUAGGACAUCACCAGCAUACUAUAUGCCAAGGGCCAAUGGAGUCACCCGAGGAAGAGGAUUCUCUCCUGGCUCUCGUCAGAAAUGACCUCAGACUGGGUCCUGUUAGGUUAGCCGGGUUAGAAAAGCUGCAGAGAGAGCUUAAGACUCUGGAUCCCAUCUCUGGAUUUCUUCCUCAGUCACAGCUGAGCUCCCUCCUUCUGAAGCAUGAAGUCCCUCUACAAUUACCAACUGUCAAGCUCCUCUUUGAGAGGUUUUCUGAGUCAAAUGACUCUGAUUUGGUAAAUUCUGAAAAGAUGAUUCAGUUUCUAAGACUAGCUGCAGCAACUGAAAUGCAGAAUAUCAAGACAUGUGAUCUGGGUCUUCAAGCAAAGAGUGUAACUUUAAAGGAUCAAAGCAAAAGCGCUCUGGCUUCCAAAGACCCAUUACAGAUCUUGAAGCAAUAUAAGGGGGAACUAGACAUGGAGAAACUGAGCCUGAGUUUUCAAAAAGAAGAUAAGUCUUUCUCCGGCCUCCUCUCUCUAUAUGAGAUUGAGACCAUUUGCCAGAAGCAUAGACUAACUCUAACUCCUUUAUUGCUGGAAGCUUUGCUCAACAACCACGAUUUGUGCAAACAAGGCAAAAUACAGUGCAAGAAGUUUGUGGAGUUGCUUAAGAAAGCUCAUUCUGAUGAGAUUCCAAAUUUGCCUGUUCCUUUGGGGGAAUUCAAAGAGCAAAUCCGCGAUGAUGUGGCUGCCCAUCUGGAAAACACCAAAGAGCAUGAAAUUCUUGCUUACAAGACUUGGGCUCGAAACUAUCUUGCCACUGAAGGAAAAGAAAGACCAGUGAUCCAGUCUUUCUCCAGUCUGACUGACUUCAGUGACUCUGAAGAGCAGGAGGCCUGAAUAGACCGGUUCAGAAACAAGAGAGCUCUUUAUUUGUGUGAUAUAAAAAACACAGGCAUGCUGGAAAAGGAAAAAGCAAAGCGUCUAAUCCACAAUUACAACCUCAUGUAUGAUCUAUCUCUGAGUCCUCUGAAAAUUGAUCAAGCUUUCCGAAACUUCUGUUCUGGAGAAAACAUGCCAUUGCAGCCGCUGCUGCAGUAUUUAAUAGAGUUGUAACAAAUACUUACUGUACCAUUCUCAUGAAUUCUGUUUUUCACCCAAUGACAAAUUUCUCACAAACUGAACAUUGGUGAUGUGCUAAUUACGACAGCAUGUUAAUAACUUUCCAUACUCUAAAAAGGAGGACGCAAAAACAGAAACAGCUGCAUCUUAUACCUGAGUGAAAUGUUAAUAAAGUUGCUGGGUUUGAAAUAAAACUAAAUGGCCAUGUAGAGUCAGGGCUCUGUCUCUGAUACUUAGAGAUGAGCUCAAGCUUCAGAAUUCACAGACUGAUGUAGUUCUGGACUUCUAACCCCAAAGCCUGAGAAUAUCUGGAUUGGAAUUCUGGAUCCACUCAUUAUAAAGAUAGCAAUAUUUGGAUGAAGGGCUACAUCUGGAUUUUGAA